CGUCAUCUGGCAAGGCACUUGGCUCCGAGUCAACAGGCACGACAGUGGGCACCGGGGUCAUCAGGUACCGGAUUGUCUGGCUCGACAGCGGGCAUCGGGUCACCAGGCAUCAGGUCAUUUGGCUCGACAGCGGGCACCGCGUCAUUUGGCAAGGCAGUGGGCUCCGAGUCAACUGGCAUGAUAGCGGGCACCGGAUCAGGUACCGGAUCAUCUGGAUCAACAGCGGGGCAUCGAGUCAACUGGCCUAAUAGGAUCGUCAGGCUGGAUCAGUUCAUCAUGCUGGGUAGAGGCAUCAGGCUGAAUGCCGGCGUCCCGGCUGAGUAGAGGCUUCAGGCCGAGUAGAGGCUUCAGGCCGAGUACAGGCAUCAGGCCGAGUACAGGCAUCAGGCCGAAUAGAGGCAUCAGGCCGAAUAGAGGCAUCAGGCCGAGUAAUAAAACAGGCAUCAGGCCGAGUACAGGCUUCAGGCCGAGUACAGGCUUCAGGCCGAGUACAGGCAUCAGGCCGAGUACAGGCAUCAGGCCGAGUAGAGGCUUCAGGCUGAGUAGAGGCUGUCAGGCUGAACCACGGAAGGCAGGCUCACCGGGUUAAAGGCAGGAUAGGUGCAGCGAGUUGGGAACAGGGGUACUGACAUGCGGUAGAUAGCAGGGCAGGAGGAGCUGUUGGGAAUGCAGGAAUAGAGUUUUGAGGAAAUAGAUUAGAAGCAGGACUGGGUUUUUGUAAGCUGACUGAGGCUGGGUGCAACAAAUCUGUCCAUGUCUGCAGUAGGGUUUGAACAAAGCUG